AUGAAGGAGAUUACGCAAAGAACUCACCAUAGACGAAGCCUCUCUACAUCCAAUUACUCCGAUGACCUGAUAAUGAUUAAGCAACAAGAUGAAAGUACCGAGGAAGAUGAGUCCGGAAGCGGAAGCACAUCGUAUUGUUGUUCACACAGAGCCAUCGUGACGGUCCUAUUAUGUACAGUAAUAAACAGUAGCUUCUCCCUGGUCAACCAUUGGGUCACAGCGGACGAUGAAGCUUUCGGAUACACAAGUGGUUGGGGCGAGACUGGUGACCGCGAGGUUCGACGGGUGUAUAGCGGGGUCAGCUCUCUCACAACAAUAUUUGCGGCCCUGGUCUCGCUGAAGGUUGGCUACCGGGUGGUGGCGGUUAGUGGAUGCCUAAUGAUGAUGUCAGGUCUGCUGGUGGCAUCCUGGUUAGACAAAGCCACUAUAGGCCUGAUUGGAGUUCUCGUCGGUGGCAUCGCAGGAGUUGGUGCUUCUUGCGUGAAACUAGCAGCGGUAGUUCCAGUUCUGGAGAACAUACAAAACUGCCGCUUUAUUGCUAUUGCCUUUGUUAACAUUGGUGGAGCGUGUGCGUCUGUUCUUCACUAUGGAAUACUUGCAACCAGUUGGGCAACAGAUGACAUUGAUUUAAACUGGAGAAGACUUUAUCGAUGGCAACUAUUGGUCAUGGCAUUCGCUUUGCUUGCUUCUACCAAAUUACAACCUUCAAAUGAAAAAUGGAUCAAAAAAUACUUUUCUCCGUUUGAUUGGAGUGUAUUUCGCCAAAAGCCCUUGUAUAUAAUGAUGGCCAUUCUACUAUGUGACCGGUUUGGUCAGUUCAUUUUAUCAAAAGAGAUCUUUACUUUUUUCGAUACGAGCGACAGCUCGGCAGCUCCCUACCUGGGUGGCUUUUUCUACUAUGGAGGUCAGAUCUUCGGGCCAAUGUUUAUGUUUUGUUGUAUAAAGAAACAGAUCUUGCCAACCUUGCGUUUCAUGGGACCAAUUGACUUUAUCGCUGGUGUCUGGACAAUUGCUGCAACCUGGUCGACGAAUCUAUUCCAUAUCUCAAUGUAUGCUGGCACUCUGGGUAUCUCAAAAGCGGCGUUCACUACACUUCUUCAAAACAUCAUUCCGUCCGUUUUCGGGAAGAAGAAUGUUCGAAUUGUUGAAGGACUUCUAGACUUUGGAGCUGGCGUUGGUAUUCUGUUGUCUUCUCCAUGUCAGUAUGCGGUGGAAGCGAGUUACCAUGAAACUGACCAGUAUAAACCAGCGUUUUACUUAGCCGGAAGUUCUCUAGUUUUAACUUCCGGUCUUGUGUUUGUGUGUCUUCGUCUGGUCAAGGCUUUUGAUCGCCACAUCACUGAAACAGAAGAAAUCCCUGACAAUGCUGAUGUCGCCGUUCAUACAACUGGUGCGUAUUUUGAUCACAUGCUGAAAAAGCGACACCGGACGUCAUUUCAGGCUGUGAUAGUGGUAUCAAGUCAAGUCGCCCCCUAUUAUCUCAAGACAGGUCGCCCCCUGUCAAGACAGCUCGCCCCCUACAUCAAGACAAGUCGCCCCCUUUAUCAGAAGAAAAAUAAUGAAUAA